UCCAACAAAAACUACAUCAUCGGUCCAGGGUUUGUCAGCGUCCCAUCCCGUUAUACGGUCCUCCGCCGCCCGCCGUCGAGCGGCCCGAAGACCUGAAAAAAGCUCCGGAGCUCUUCGCUGAAAUUCGUAGUACUAAAAUCCGGGCUCCGGGUGGUGGAGGGGCGGCGAAUCAUUCAGGAUACAUCCCGGUAUACACGCCGGGGCCGAUUUCAGUCGUCUAUCGACCCCAAAACUGUGUGGCUCCUACGUCGCGACGAUGACGUUACGAUAAAGUCGCGUUUUUGGUCAUUUUUACGAGAUGAAUAAUUGUGCGAUACAAUGAUGGAUUUUUUUAAUUGCAGUGGACGUUUCCCUAAAGGGGAGUGAGUGAUCGUUUGGUUAUUUUUUUUUGGGAUUCUAUAUUGACACUGGCCGAAUUAUCGAAAUAAUGCUAUUCAAGUGCAGCUUUUUCAUUUUCGGAUGUAUCCAGAUUAUUGAAGGAUACCAUCACACCACCCAACAACCACCCAGAAUAACCGAACACCCUGUAGAUACCACAGUAGCCAGGCACGAACCAGCCACUCUAAAUUGUCAGGCACAAGGCGAACCAGAACCAUCCAUAACAUGGUACAAAGACGGUUCCAUUCUAAGAACAACAAUCCAAGAUUCUCGAUCACACCGAGUGGUACUACCAGCUGGAAGUUUGUUCUUCCUCAAAGUGGUCCAAAGCAGGAAAGAGUCGGACGCCGGAGUUUACUGGUGCGAGGCCAGCAACGCUUUAGGAAAAGUGAGGAGCCGGAAUGCCACGUUGACUGUUGCAAUUUUGAGAGAUGAAUUCCGUUUGGAACCGCAAAGCGGCCGAGUGGCAGCCGGCGAAGACAUUAUCAUGGAAUGCGCACCGCCUAGAGGUACCCCGGAACCACAAGUCUUUUGGCGGAGAGAUGGUCAGACUUUGGAACUUGGUGGUCGAUUGAAAUUGGUCGAUGGGUUCAAUUUAGCUAUUACUGAUUCCAAGGCUUCGGACGACGGUCGGUAUCAAUGUGUUGCUAAAAAUACCGCUGGAAUUAGGGAGAGCAGUGUGGCGAUUUUGAAAGUUUAUGUGAAACCAUUCAUGAUACGGCCUCCCGAAGACAUCACAGCCCUUUCAGGCCAAACAGUCGAAUUCCCUUGUACAGUAGGAGGCGACCCAGUACCCGACGUCCUCUGGCGAAGACAAGCACCUGGUGGUACCAUGCCUCUAGGCAGAGUAAGCGUCCUAGAAGACCGCACCUUACGCCUCGAAAGUCUCAUUCUGGCAGAUCAAGGCCGCUACACUUGUGAUGCUGACAAUUUCGCCGGAGCCAUUUCAGCUAGCGCCUUCCUGACAGUCCAAGCACCUCCUGCUUUUACUACAAGACCUCUGGCUCAAACUGUUGAGGUGGGCCAGCAAGUUUCCUUCCACUGUCACCUUACUGGGAGCCCGAAACCGUUGAUUUUCUGGUCAUUCGAAGGCGACAGAAGUCUAAUUUAUCCUGGCUCAUCUGCUGGCAACUACGAGGCUUUUACUUCGCCAGAAGGCCAAUCCACCUUGAUACUUAAAAACGCCCAAAUCCAAAACUCUGGAACUGUUAUCAUUUGCUCUGGGGUCAAUGAAGCUGGCUCGAUUUCUACUCGGACCCGUUUAACGGUGACCUCGAAAGAAGACAGGCCUCCUCCUGUAAUUUUUAGAGGCCCCAGCAAUCAAACCUUACCAAUACAUUCAAUGGCUUAUCUUAUAUGUGAGGCUCAUGGCACUCCAAAACCUGUUAUAUCGUGGUACAAAGAAGGCGUCCCAGUUUCAGCUUCCAGCCGCAUUAACAUGACAAAUCCUGGACAAGUUGAAAUUUAUGAUUUAACUAAAGACGAUUCUGGUGCCUAUACGUGCGUAGCCUCUUCUAGAGGGGGCAAAGCCACCUGGACUGGCAAUCUUUUAGUUGACAAUCCUAAGAACCCAAAUAUAAACUUUUUCAAAGCACCUGAAGCUGUCAUGGUACCAGGACCUCCUAGUAGGCCUCACGCUUUAAACCAAUCCGAAGGCAGUGUAACGAUAACUUGGGGACAAAACAACAAAAUAGGCUCGUCUAGUUUACUCGGAUAUCAAGUAGAACUUUUUGGUAGAGAAGAAGGAGUUACACCUACUUGGACUAUUGUGGCUAGACGAGUACCAGGCCCUACUUUCACUCAACAUCUUUUGUCGCCAGGAGUUCCUUAUACUUUUCUGGUUAGAGCUGAGAAUUCGCACGGAGUAGGACCACCUUCACCACUAUCAGAACCCAUUAUAGUGGGUCCUGAUUUGGGCCAAAACUGGGGCAACCCUGAAGUGACUAUUUUAAGUGAAGCCCGAGCCAAUUUGGUGACUACGCCUAAUAUAGUACAACUUACUGAUACUAUUCCAAUAUCGUCUACAGCAAUUAAGCUUGCCUGGGAAGUAACUGAUUCAACUUUUGUAGAAGGAUUGUACAUAUAUUAUGUGUCUAUUGACAGUGCCGUGCCUAGUUAUAGUAUGCUAACAGUGCUACACACAGGUGGUUCUAGCAGUAGCAGUUUCACUGUGAAUAAUUUACAAAAAUUUGCCAGAUAUCAGUUUUUUCUGAUACCAUUCUACAAGGCUAUUGAAGGCCAACCGUCCAAUUCGAAAACUGUCAGGACAUUGGAAGAUAUUCCAAAUGAACCACCUACAAAUAUGGAGGCUCUAUUGCUCAAUUCAACUGCAGUUAAGUUGAAAUGGAAAGCUCCUCCGCCAAGUACGCUUAAUGGAGAGCUGGACAGCUACAAACUAGAAGUGAAAACCAACGAUUCCGUGCUUCCUAGUGUUAUCAGUGUGGGAUUGGCUCCUACUUAUCUAUUGGGGAAUUUGUCUUCUGGAAUUGUUUAUUAUGUUAAAGUGGCCGCCAGUACGAGGGCAGGGGUUGGGCCUUACAGUCCUGCUUCUACUUUGAGACUAGAUCCUGCUUCGAGGAUAAUGGACAAUAAUAUUCAAAGGACAGUUGGGCCAGACAUGCAAAGCGACAACUUCGUAACCGAAACGUGGUUCAUGGCCUUGCUCAUAAGCAUGAUUUCAGUGAUGGUGAUUCUAUUUGCGGCCAUGUUUUUCGUCAGACGCAGACAACUUCUAGCCAAAAAAACCAUGACGCCUUCUAGAUCCAACGGUGCUGUGCUGAGUACUCCAUUGGCCACCAAACAAGAAGCACCUUUGUGGUUUGACAAAGACAUCCCAGAUUAUGCUACAACGUUUCCAGAGUAUUCGAAAUUAAACAAAGAUUAUACUCAAAGGAAUGAGUAUGGCAAUGGUAGCUUAAACAAUGGCAAUAUAAAUUUACAUACAAAUCCUUUGCAUUAUAAAGAGCUGGCUAGUAGGCCAGACAAGUUAGAAUAUGGUUCAGAGAGUGGCUAUGGAAGAAAAUUCAAUGAGUAUAAUUUGUUGCAAGUGCAAGAGUACGCAAGUCCUAAUGUAGGCACUGACAGAGCCUCUCAGGCCGAUUACGCAGAAGUUGAUGCCACUUUAGGUGUUAAAAAUGAAGGCAGUACCUCACCAGCCCCUUACGCAACUACAACUUUGGUAACUGGAAGUAGAAGGCUUUUAUGGAACGCACCUUCAUUAACCGACGAUGAAUCACCUUAUCCAGCUUCAAAUGGAGGCUACUACAAUAGAAAAGUUUACUCGGAUUCAUACUUUGCUCCAGCGCACACUUUACGCCGUUCCAAGAACAAAAAAGACGGGAAAAACUCGCAAGAAACUAAUCCUCCCGAUUUGGUUUCGCCUAAUUCCAGCUUGGGACAACCUGUUUACGCUAGAGUUGGGCCUCCAGCAUUGUCCUGGCGCAACGGUUCACCUGGGUUGACUAGUUUCACGCCUACACCUACUAGACACGUGUAUCACGGUUCUACAAGGAGCGAACCUGGGAAUAUGUUGUAGAAGUUUGGUUUUGUGCGGACUUUGAAUUAGUUGUAUAUAUUAUUAUGAAAAAAAUAUUGUGAUAUUUAUUUGAUACAAGUAAUUGGCCAUAUUGAUGUCAGCAUGAAGUAGUUCUAAAGGCCUAUAUUAUUUUAAAUUGGUGUAAGGUUUUUUCUUCCUAAAAAUCACUCUCCCCAGAGAUUUAUUAAUGUGUAAGGUUUAAUUAAAAUUACCUAAUUGAGCAAUAAUUACAUGGGAACGUAUACGUAAUUGCUGUAUAAAUAUUAUAAAUAAAUGGUAGUUAUAGGUGAUUAUGGUACAAAAUGCUCUAUGAAAUAUUAAGUUGAAACACUCUUUAUAAAAUGCACAAAUAUUUUUGUAGGUGUGAAAGUCUUUGGGGAAUAAGAAUCAUAUUAUAUGGUAAAAAUUUCUGAUAAGUUUUACCAUGGAAUCUCUUCCAAUGUUCUGGCUGGUUUUCUAUUUUUUGGGAUUCAAGCAUCAAGUACUUUGAUCUCCAUUUACACUUGAAUAUGAUUUUUGCUUGUAAGUCCUUCAAAAGUUCAUUAUAGUAUGCCCUUUUUAUCUUUUACUAUAUUUACUCUCCUCUAUAUUUAUGUAUUGUAUGAGAAAAAGCUGUGUUGUACCAUAAAUUCAUUCGAUAGUUUGUAACUAUAUAGAUUUAGAAAAGACUGAUAUUUUAAAUACAAAAAUUUCUGUAAAUAUUCUUCACCAGUAGGUAUAUUCAGGCUGGAAACCCAUCAGUUUUCUUCCUAAUACACUAGUCAAAACAACUUUCUUCUAUAUCUUAUAAAAGUGAUAUUUCUUGUAAAAUAUUUAUUAUUACAUAUCACUUUAUAUAAUUAUGUACAUUUUUUAUUAUAUAUAAUGACAUUGUCCCUCCUUAUAGUAACUAAGGCAAUUGUGUAAAAUAUAUUGGCAGAGGUUACAUAUAAUGCACAUGCAGGAUUUUAAAGCCUCAGUCUUCCCUUAAGUAAGUACUGAAUGAUGGUUUAAUUAAUAAUAUAAUUUUAGUAUGUAUAGGUAAUUACCCCCGAUGUUGUGCUCAUAUUUUUUAUAAUUAUGUGCCAUCUAAACUACUAUGUUAUACAAUUAUUGUAUAUGUACAGUAUUUAACAAUAAAAGUAAGAUUUAUAAAUGA